UAUCGUGAAUGUUAGUUGGAAUAUUUUCUAUUCAACACUUCGUUGUCGGCUUGUUGAAACAUUCUUUGUUGUUGAUAAAGACAACUUUUGACAACUCUUGUCUCAGUUGGAUUUUUUCUUGUCUCUUAGGUAGCAAAUAUGUCCAACAACAGCAACCUGUCCUAUACCCAAGGUAUUGAUCUUUCAACAUAUUACUUUCUCCCUUCUCCACAAACAUGGGCCGUGAUAACAUGGAGUGUGUUACUCGGAGUCAUCGGAAUAGUAGCGCUUGUCACAAACGUACUGACCAUAGCCGCCUUCACCCAAAAGAGGCUCAGACGACCUCCUCAUUACUUACUUAUCUCACUGGCUUGUGCUGAUUUCAUGGUUGCAUCCAUAUCAGUACCGUUAUAUAUCUGUAUCACCCUGGGAGUUACCAAGUUAACAUUGCGAUCAAGAGCUGCAAUCUGGUUUUUUGAUUUCCUAUCAGGGAUGGCGUCAAUAUUCACUUUGGCAAGUGUCUCACUCGAACGGCUCUUUGCCAUGGGAUGGCCUCUUCGUCACAGAGUUAUUCCACCGAUAACAUACGCUGUUUUCGUUACAGUACCUUGGGUUCUUGCAUUGAUAGUGGCAUCUUUGCCCUUGUUUGACAUGUUCCGGUUAUUGCCACACCUUUUCAUGUUUCAAGUGAUACUAGCAUCUUGUUCCUUUCCAAUUGUAGUGACUAUCAUAGCCUACAUAACGCUUUGGUUUAAGGUAAAAACAAGCGACCCAUCUGGACACGAAAGAAGCAGAGAAAAGGACAAGCGACUAGCGAUCACACUUGUUAUCGCCUCUUUCAUUUUUCCAUUUACCUGGUUGCCUUAUACAAUUGUGUUAAGCAUUAUAAACCUCUGCAUGAAGUGUGUUUUUUCGAAUGUUAAGCUUUUCAAUGGUCUUUCUAUGAUAUGCAUGUUUAUGCACCUCGCUAAUUCUUUUCUGAAUCCACUUGUGUAUAUUUUAAGAAUUCCUGAAUUUCGUGGAGCUAUUCGAGAGCUCAUCUGUCGCAAUCGUCCAUUCCGACGAGUUGGCGUUACACCAUUGGCUAAUACAAGGGCAAGAAAUCAAGCCAAUCAAGCACCAUCUCUUGCUGGUAGCCAUGGUAACUAGAAAAUAUAGUGUAAAAGUAAGCUUUAGUUCAAGUGUAAGGGUACAUAAAAGAACCUUAGACCUUAGACCAUCGCCAGCGUUUUCUCUGGCCAACAUAUUUUUAAGUUCGCCAAAAGAGCCAGGAUGCAGAAUAAAAGAGAUAAUCCUCCAUGGAAGACUUACUCCCAAAGUAAAUGUAUUUCUUUUAGGUGUUAAAUAAGGUUGUUUUGUCUUGUUUCCCAUUGGGAUAAUCAGACCUUUAUAAACCACUCCUUUUAAAUAUCACACCACUUGACGCCGACCAGUUUACUCCAGGCUACUUUUCCUUGUUAUAAUUAUUAUUGUGUAAAAUAGUAUCUAACUCUUUCGUGUAUAUUCUCUGCUUUGUAACUCGACGUGUGUCAGUUUCUUGUGAAUAAACUCGAUUACUGACGGCCCCCUCCCUCCCAUUAUUUGUCUCCUUUACUUAUAAUACGAAUUUUGUCUAAUGGGCCGAACGAAGCGAAAUAAAAAACAAUCCGCGGACAAAUUUACCUUACCCCUAUCAGACAAAUAAAUUUCCUACCCUUUGAUUACCAGACGUUAUUAAAUUAAACGAAAAACGAAAUCGAAAAGAACAGUUCUAUGACUUUCUAUGCAUCUCAAAUUAAGUCGGCAACUUAACAGUCCACUCCUUACCCUACAAGAAGCUCCUGACUCUGCGGGAUACUGAUUUGAGGAUGCGUUGUCAGUAUAACACCAACCAGUCACCACGGGAACUUCCGUUGAUCUUACGUCAUCAUUAACCAAUCACCGUACCCGAUACCCCUUGGCGGGUGUUUUAUCACAUUUCCCGAUACAAGUUUUCGCGCUCAUUUCCUGUAAAUCGAGAUCUUAUCGAACAAUUAGUAACUCCGUCGCGCAAAUAUAUAUAUGUUAUUUGCCCGCUGGGAG